GAGUAAACCACCAAGAGUUCUCUCUCCACAAGUUCAUCUUUUUCCAUCCUGUCGGGUUUGAAACUCAACCUCACGAACCGUACGUUGUACACAAAACAAUUGUGCGUUUAAUACUUCGUAAUUACCGAGCGGUAUGCCAUGCGAAUCCCACUGCAAUCUACUAUUGCGGCGGCUGCGCAGACCGAGCACAUCUUGGGACGUGAUAGGAAAGCCAAGAAAAAAAAAAGAAGAAAGAAGAAAUUGUCUUCAUCUUCCCUGGUAGGUAAGCCCGUUCUCCUUCUUUUCUUCGUCUUCUUCUUCCUACUUUUAAUCUCGGCAGCCAUCUCCGUCUUAUCCCUUGCUGCAUAUUUUCCGGGUAUUCUCUGCAAUGGGUAGCUCCAGGAUGAGGUUGCGGCUUGACAGACUCUGUGCCCCGAGCUCUACCAUGC